AUGCUCUCCUUGGCACACCUGUGCCCCACCGAGGUACAGUGUCGCAUUCAUUUGCAGAAUGAUCCUGGCAUACCCAGAGAAGAUUUCGAGGCCAGAGUUGACCAACCGGCGAGGUAUGCUACUGCUGUAUCACCAUCAUCAUCAUCAUCAUCAUCAUCAUCAUCUCUUGACAAUAACAUAAAUAUGCCGGGCUGGAAUCUGUUCCCGCCUGACUACAGCGUCAAAAUACCGAGUCUGGGCAUCAGCAGCAGAGGUUCUUUGGGAGCGCCAUGGUUUACCUGGAAUGAGCGUCCAGUCCUGAGAACGAAACAGGAACGUUCCAAAUCCCUUGGACCUACCUUUCAUCAGCAACAACAACCGAUACGAAUAGAAGAAGAAGAAGAAGAGGAGGAGGAGGAGGAGGAGGAGGAGGAGGAGGAGGAGGAGGAGGAGGUGGCGAGCGUCUCCGCACCAACACCUUCCAGGCCAUGA